GCCCGGAACCCAGCGAGCCCGACGCUUCUUCUGGCGAAGAGCGCGACUCCGAGGCGUUAGUCGGCGCUCCCUCCCGGCGGGCGGUGGCGGCGGGCGCCAGGACUCGCUGCUGGGGCUGCGAGGGGCUGGAGGGGCCGGGGCCAGGCCGCGGGCACGAGCGCCUCGCGGUUUCGGACGCAGUGUGACUGGAUUUCCAAAAAGAACUCGCCGUGCUCCCGACUCCGGGGCCCAGAUCGGACUCAGCAAGAGCCGGCCGUUUGGCUGAAACUUGGGGCCGAGCUUUUGGGGCUGAAGAAGGAGCGGGGUGUGGAGGAGGAGGGGAAGGAGGCGGUGGCGAGCGGAGCCUCGAGGCCAGGAGGCGGGGCAGCACCGCGGAGGCGGCGGCUGGGGCGAGCGGGCGGCGGCGGCAGGGGUUCUCCUAGCGGGGGCCUGACCAGGCGCGGGGGGCGUGCGCGCUGCCGUGCGCCGGGGGUCCAGAGACUUGGGCAAACUUUGAAGGGUGCCGGAGCCGCUUGUUGCUCCUCGCGGCGGAGGGAGCCGCACCGUUAAGUGCCCGCGGGGAGAGCGAGGCGGCCCUCCUCGGCGCCCCCAACCCAGGCUGACGAGUUUUGGGCCCCCGGCGGCCCUGCGAGUGCAGGGCGGCGGCGGCUGCGGCGCCCCCGCGGCGCAGGCACCCAGGCGGCAGCGCCCUUUGCUCCACGCUGCCCACGGCCCGGCCCCGGCGCCGUGAGGACUCUCAUGCGCCGGGCGCGGCGGCGCCUCCCUGCAUCCAAGCCUCUCCCAACCGCCUCGUCGCACUCCUCGGGCUGAGAGCACCGCUGCACUCGCGGCCGGCAAUGCGGGACCCCGGCGCGGCCGCUCCGCGCUCGUCCCUGGGCCUCUGUGCCCUGGUGCUGGCGCUGCUGGGCGCGCUGUUCGCGGGCGCCGGGGCGCAGCCGUACCACGGAGAGAAGGGCAUCUCCGUGCCGGACCACGGCUUCUGCCAGCCCAUCUCCAUCCCGCUGUGCACGGACAUCGCCUACAACCAGACCAUCCUGCCCAACCUGCUGGGCCACACGAACCAAGAGGACGCGGGCCUCGAGGUGCACCAGUUCUACCCGUUGGUGAAGGUGCAGUGUUCUCCCGAACUCCGCUUCUUCCUAUGCUCCAUGUAUGCGCCCGUGUGCACCGUGCUCGAUCAGGCCAUCCCGCCGUGUCGUUCUCUGUGCGAGCGCGCCCGCCAGGGCUGCGAGGCGCUCAUGAACAAGUUCGGCUUCCAGUGGCCCGAGCGGCUGCGCUGCGAGAACUUCCCGGUGCACGGCGCGGGCGAGAUCUGCGUGGGCCAGAACACGUCGGACGGCUCCGGGGGCCCAGGUGGCGGCCCCACUGCCUACCCUACUGCGCCCUACCUACCAGACCUGCCCUUCACCGCGCUGCCCCCGGGGGCCUCAGAUGGCAGGGGGCGUCCCGCCUUCCCCUUCUCAUGCCCCCGUCAGCUCAAGGUGCCCCCGUACCUGGGCUACCGCUUCCUAGGUGAGCGCGAUUGCGGCGCCCCGUGCGAACCGGGCCGUGCCAACGGCCUGAUGUACUUUAAGGAGGAGGAGAGGCGCUUCGCCCGCCUCUGGGUGGGCGUGUGGUCGGUGCUGUGCUGCGCCUCGACGCUCUUUACCGUUCUCACCUACCUGGUGGACAUGCGGCGCUUCAGCUACCCAGAGCGGCCCAUCAUCUUCCUGUCGGGCUGCUACUUCAUGGUGGCCGUGGCGCACGUGGCCGGCUUCCUUCUGGAGGACCGCGCCGUGUGCGUGGAGCGCUUCUCGGACGAUGGCUACCGCACGGUGGCGCAGGGCACCAAGAAGGAGGGCUGCACCAUCCUCUUCAUGGUGCUCUACUUCUUCGGCAUGGCCAGCUCCAUCUGGUGGGUCAUUCUGUCUCUCACUUGGUUCCUGGCGGCCGGCAUGAAGUGGGGCCACGAGGCCAUCGAGGCUAACUCUCAGUACUUCCACCUGGCCGCGUGGGCCGUGCCCGCCGUCAAGACCAUCACUAUCCUGGCCAUGGGCCAGGUAGACGGGGACUUGCUCAGCGGGGUGUGCUACGUUGGCCUGUCCAGUGUGGACGCACUGCGGGGCUUCGUGCUGGCGCCUCUGUUCGUCUACCUCUUCAUCGGCACGUCCUUCCUGCUGGCCGGCUUCGUGUCCCUCUUCCGUAUCCGCACCAUCAUGAAACAUGACGGCACCAAGACCGAGAAGCUGGAGAAGCUCAUGGUGCGCAUCGGCGUCUUCAGCGUGCUCUACACAGUGCCCGCCACCAUCGUCUUGGCCUGCUACUUCUACGAGCAGGCCUUCCGCGAGCACUGGGAGCGCACCUGGCUCCUGCAGACGUGCAAGAGCUAUGCCGUGCCCUGCCCUCCCGGCCACUUCCCGCCCAUGAGCCCCGACUUCACCGUCUUCAUGAUCAAGUACCUGAUGACCAUGAUCGUGGGCAUCACCACUGGCUUCUGGAUCUGGUCGGGCAAGACCCUGCAGUCGUGGCGCCGCUUCUACCACAGACUUAGCCACAGCAGCAAGGGGGAGACUGCGGUAUGAGCCCCGGCCCCUCCCCACCUUUCCCACCCCUGCCCUCUUGCAAGAGGAGAGGCACGGUAGGGAAAAGAACUGCUGGGUGGCGGCCUGUUUCUGUAACCUUCUCCCCCUCUACUGAGAAGUGACCUGGAAGUGAGAAGUUCUUUGCAGAUUUGGGGCGAGGGGUGAUUUGGAAAAGGAGACCUGGGUGGAAAGCGGUUUGGAUGAAAAGAUUUCAGGCAAAGACUUGCAGGAAGAUGAUGAUAACGGCGAUGUGAAUCGUGAAAGGUACGGGCCAGUUUGGGCCUAAUAGAAGGUUGAGACCAGCAAAGACUGCUGUGAGUUUCUCCCGGCUCCGGGGCUGAACGGCGACUCUGAGUGAUUCCCCUGCUGCAGGGCGAGUGGCCUGUCCAGACCCCUGUGAGGCCCCGGGAAAGGUACAACCCUGUCUGCGGUGGCUGCUUUGUUGGAAAGAGGGAGGGCCUCCUGCGGUGUCCUUGUCAAGCAGUGGUCAAACCAUAAUCUGUUUUCACUGGGGCCAAACUGGAGCCCAGAUGGGUUAAUUUCCAGGGUCAGACAUUACGGUCUCCUCCCCUGCCCCCUCCCGCCUGUUUUUCCUCCGGUACUCCUUUCAAGUCUUGUAAAAUAAGCAUUUGGAAGUCUUGGGAGGCCUGCCUGCUAGAAUCCUAAUGUGAGGAUGCAAAAGAAAUGAUGAUAACAUUUUGAGAUGAGGCCAAGGAGACGUGGAGUAGGUAUUUUUGCUACUUUUUCAUAUUCUGGGGAAGGCAGGAGGCAGAAAGACGGGUGUUUUAUUUGGUCUAAUACCCUGAAAAGAAGUGAUGACUUGUUGCUUUUCAAAACAGGAAUGCAUUUUUCCCCUUGUCUUUGUUGUAAGAGACAAAAAGAGGAAACAAAAGUGUCUCCCUGUGGAAAGGCAUUACUGUGAAGACAGCAACUUUUAUAGGCAAAGCAGCGCAAAUCUGAGGUUUCCCGUUGGUUGUUAAUUUGGUUGAGAUAAACAUUCCUUUUUAAGGAAAAGUGCUAAGAGCAGUGUGCUAUCACACACCGUGAAGCCAGAGGUUCUGACUUCGCUGAAGGAAAUAUAAGAGGUUUUGUUGUCUGUUUUAAAUAAGUUUAAUUCCGAACACAUGAUCCAACAGACUCUGUUAAAAUAUUCAGGGAAAUCUCUCCCUUCAUUUAUUUUUUCUUGCUAUAAGCCUAUAUUUAGGUUUCUUUUCUAUUUUUUUCUCCCAUUUGAAUCCUUUGAGUUAAAAAACAUAAUGCCUUCAGCCUCAUAAUAAAGGAAAGUUAAUUUAAAAAAAAAAGCAAAGAGCCAUUUUGUCCUGUUUUCUUGGUUCCAUCAAUCUGUUUAUUAAACAUCAUCCAUAUGCUGACCCUGUCUCUGUGUGGUUGGGUUGGGAGGCGAUCAGCAGAUACCAUAGUGAACGAAGAGGAAAGUUCGAAACAUGGGCCCCAUCUUUAAAGAAAGUCAUUAAAAGAAGGUAAACUUCAAAGUGAUUCUGGAGUUCUUUGAAAUGUGCUGGAAGACUUAAAUUUAUUAAUCUUAAAUCAUGUACUUUUUUUCUGUAACAGAACUCGGAUUCUUUUGCAUGAUGGGGUAAAGCUGAGCAGAGAAUCAUGGGAGCUAACCUUUACCCCACCUUUGACACUACCCUCCAAUCUUGCAACACUAUCCUGUUUCUCAGAACAGUUUUUAAAUGCCAAACAUAGAGGGUACUGUAAAAUGUACAAGUUACUUUAUAUAUGUAAUGUUCACUUGAGUGGAACUGCUUUUUACAUUAAAGUUAAAAUCGAUCUUGUGUUUCUUCAACCUUCAAAACUAUCUCAUCUGUCAGAUUUCUAAAACUCCUGCACAGGUUUUGGCAUCUUUUGUGCUGUAUCUUUUAAGUGCAUGUGAAAUUUGUAAAAUAGAGAUAAGUACAGUAUGUAUAUUUUGUAAAUCUCCCAUUUUUGUAAGAAAAUAUAUAUUGUAUUUAUACAUUUUUACUUUGGAUUUUUGUUUUGUUUUGCCUUUAAAGGUCUACAAUGAAGCCCCACUUUAUCACAUGUACAGAUCACAAAUAAAUUUUUUUUAAUACAAAAUGAA